AUGGGUUCUUCAAAAGCUUGGUGGACAAACCCAAAUUCUCAGGUACUGAACAAAAACCAAGAAGAGAACAUGGCUGAACAACCUUCCAUUUUCACAAGCUUGAUGGGUUCACAGAAUGAGAACCAACUAGAGGCGGUGCCGAAAGUUGAAGAUUUCUUCGAUAACCAAACGGAGACACAUGAUUCUUCUUCUCUGAGCCAAAUAUACGACCAUGGUUCUGCCUCUUCUUACUUCAGCAACCAUCAAGAUCUGAAAGCAAUUGCUGGGUUUCAAGCGUUUUCCACCACCAACUCGGGCUCCGAGGUGGAUGACUCGGUCUCAAACACCAAAACUGCCGAGUUCGGUGCUCCCUCGGUUGAGUCUUCUAAGGGAACUUUGUCUAUGGAUGCUAUCGCACAAAGUUCUGAUAAGGCCAUUGUUGUAGCAGGUUCUGAUGCAUCCGAGAAAAUUGCUCAUACCUUUGGCCAGCGAACUUCAAUUUACAGAGGAGUCACAAGACACAGAUGGACGGGUAGAUAUGAAGCGCAUCUAUGGGAUAACAGCUGUAGAAGAGAGGGUCAAGUCAGGAAAGGGCGUCAAGUGUAUUUGGGUGGAUAUGACAAGGAAGAAAAGGCCGCAAGAGCUUAUGAUUUGGCAGCUCUGAAGUACUGGGGACCAAAUGCUACCACAAACUUUCCUGUUUCCAAUUAUACAAAGGAAUUGGAGGAGAUGAAACAUGUGGGAAAGCAAGAAUUUGUUGCAUCACUGCGAAGGAAAAGCAGUGGUUUUUCUAGGGGAGCUUCAAUAUACAGGGGUGUUACAAGGCAUCACCAGCAGGGUAGAUGGCAAGCAAGAAUUGGCCGAGUUGCGGGAAACAAAGAUCUAUACUUGGGAACAUUUCCAACUGAAGAGGAAGCAGCAGAGGCAUAUGACAUCGCAGCCAUAAAGUUUAGAGGUGCAAAUGCUGUAACAAAUUUUGAGAUGAGUAGAUACAAUGUGGAAGCUAUAUUGAAGAACUCUCUUCCAAUUGGUGGGGGAGGAAAACGCUUGAAGCUUUCCCAAGAACCAGAGAAAGAACCUCCUAUUAUGAGUAUUACCCAACAACCACAGUGUGCAAAUGUGAGUAGCAGCAUCAAUUUCUCAACCAUUCAGUCAGUUGAUUCUAUACCUUAUGAUUCUGCAACAGCAUAUUACCCCCACAACCUCUUCCACCAUUUUCAUCCUACCAACGUUGCUGGCAAUAGCACAGCAGAGUCUGCUGCAGUUAUGACCAAUGCAACCACAAUGACUGCACUGCCAGCACCAGCUGAGUUCUUCAUAUGGCCUCAUCAGCCCUAUUGA